UUGGGCAUUUUCUGAACUCAAAUGGGACCCAAUUCACUUGCAUCAUGUAAGAACGCAAAACGAGCUGUCCUUUUGCUCAACUUGGACUGGACCUCAAGCAUUUCCUAGUUUCUCUAGUUUCUUUCUACUCUCCUCAGUCCUUUCCCUUCGUCUCGUCUGUCUCGUCUGCGGUCUGCCACGAACUAGGGCUUCCAUUCCGAAAUCAGUUUGCAGCGUUCGAAGCUUAAGGCGAGGUUUCAGCGCCGGAAGUUAGGACCUUAGCUCGCUUUACUCCAAUCGCCGGCGCCGGAUCCCUACCAUUCGAAGACCGUUAAGAUGUGGGAGGAUGAGCCAAAGUGUAUAAAAGAUCACAACCGUCGGUUGCUGGCAGAGAAAUUUGAGCUGAAGAGAAACCUGUACAAGGCCUUCAUCAGAGAUCCCGAGCUUCCAAGUGAAUUGCGUGAGAAGCUCACUGCCAAACUGUCCAAGUUGCCGAGAAACAGCUCCUUCACACGAAUCAGAAAUCGGUGUGUCUUCUCCGGUCGCCCUCGCGGUGUUUACGAGUUCUUCAGAAUGUCUCGUAUUGUCUUCCGCACACUGGCAAAUCAAGGAAUGUUGAAUGGUGUGAAAAAGGCUUCUUGGUGAGCUGGUCGAGGCCGCGGAUGGAAUGUACACUGCAAGCCCCCCUAGUAAAACUUUCAACACUUUGUACCGUCAGAUGUUAGUGAUUUUAGCUUGAACAAAUUUCGACACCUCCGCUGGAAUAAGUGCUGCUGGCCUGAGUUUUUGUAAUGCUGAAACAGAUUCUAUUGUUUUGAAAAUUGGCAAAAACGAACCUGGAAAGCCAUGUCACCAUAAAGGCUUCGUGCUUGAUUAAGCUCUCACUGUUUCUAAUUUCUUUAACCAGCU